AUGCGCAGCAAGAAACAAUGCGCAAGUGGGGCCAUUGACAACACACGCACUGGGGUUGAGGGAGGCGUAGUGGACGGCGACGGCGACGGCGACGGCGUCGGCGAGGUGGACGGCGUCGGCGAGGUGGACGGCGUCGGCGAGGUGGACGGCGUCGGCGAGAGCGACGGCGUCGGCGAGGUGGACGGCGUCGGCGGGGUCGACGGCGUCGGCGAGGUCGACGGCGUCGGCGAGGUGGACGGCGUCGGCGGGGUCGACGGCGUCGGCGAGGUGGACGGCGUCGGCGAGGUGGACGGCGUCGGCGAGAGCGACGGCGUCGGCGAGAGCGACGGCGUCGGCGAGAGCGACGGCGUCGGCGAGGCCGACGGCGUCGGCGAGGCCGACGGCGUCGGCGAGGCCGGCGGCGUCGGCGAGGGCGACGGCGAGGCCGAGGGGGAGGGCGACGGUGACGGCGAGGCCGAGGGGGAGGGCGACGGCGACGGCGAGGCCGAGGGGGAGGGCGACAGCGACGGCGAGGCCGAGGGGGAGGGCGACAGCGACAGCGAGGCCGAGGGGGAGGCCGAGGGGGAGGCCGACGGCGACGGCGAGGCCGAGGGCGAGGCCGAGGGGGAGGCCGACGGCGACGGCGAGGCCGAAGGGUCGGCCGACGGCGACGGCGAGGCCGACGGCGAGGCCGACGGCGAGGCCGACGGCGAGGCCGACGGCGAGGCCGACGGCGAGGCCGACGGCGAGGCCGACGGCGAGGCCGACGGCGAGGGCAACGCGGCCACCUAG